UUACAGAAUUUAAGAAGCAAGCGAGUGCAGGCAAAUGUGUAUACAUGUUUACGACAAGAGUGGAUCCAUUAAAAAGACUAAUAAACAAAACCGAGCGGCGUUGAGAGUGCGUGAGAGAGAGAAACAAGCAAAGGUAACCGAGGCGUCGUUGUUACCGGGCGUGAUUAGUUUGUCGCGCUCGAUGCACGGAUAGAGAAAAGUCCGAAAUUUAGAUUCCGUAUAAGCAUUCCAGAGAUCUUUCAUCCAGUGACCUUCCACAAAUGUGCUGCAUCCUUCCUCCAGAUGAUGAUCGAGUGUUGUUUAAAAAAAAUAAUUGCUGGGAAAAACUAUCUCCUGCAACUUCACUCGUGUUUUUCAUCAUCGCUGCAGUAUUCCCGUGUGGAAAAUUUGGUUGCUAAGGACGCCGCUGCGUUCCCAUGGUACCUAAGGUCAUGCAGAUGCAGACGAACUGUGAGAAGAGUCACGUAAGGGCAAAGCAUACUGAGCCAUUCGUCAACUUAUAUUUUUCUUGACAAAAGACUCUCGCUUCACAAUAUUACAGGUGCUGCGAAUAAGUAAAUAAAAUUACAAACAACAUAAAUGACUCUGCAAAUGGCAGCGCCCUCACGGAAGUUGUUCUGUCGAGGCGGAAAGUUUCAAGGGAUCAGCUGGUCUAGGUGCAUGUGGUGCAUGUUUGACGUUCUGUGUUGAGCGGAACAUGACUGAGAGUGCGGACGUUUGAGCUUUUGCCCUGAGCAUUAUAUUUUCGAACAAAAGCACUGUCUGAUAUCAGGAGGUAUCAAAGGGCAAAGGGAUGAAGAAAGUGUUGGUUAUCUUUGACUUUGACCACACAGUCAUUGACGCCAACAGUGACCUGCACAUCCAGAAGCUCGCACCAAACGGUGAAUUACCGUCGGAAAUUAAGGAGCGGUACAGCCCAAAUGGGUGGACUCCUUUCAUGCGUGCGGUAUUUCGUUACCUGUAUGAAAACCAGGUUCUUCCCGAUGACAUCCUCCACUGUUUAAGGGAAAUAAAAUUUGUGGACGGUAUCAUUGACCUGCUCGUCAAGCUACACCAGGUCGGAGAUCACGAACUCAUCAUAAUCUCGGAUUCCAACUCUGUGUUCAUUGAGCACGUCAUGCAGGCUGCUGGGGUGCGUCCUCUGGUCCAUGAGAUCUUCACAAACUAUGCACACUUUGAUGCAAAUGGCUGCCUCCAGAUAAGCGAGUACCACAUGCAGAACUUCUGUUCCCUAAGUUCUGUGAACCUGUGCAAGGGGGCCAUCAUGCAGGAAUAUCUGGAACGGAGACGAAAACAGGGGGUUGAAUUCGACCGCAUCGCCUACAUCGGUGACGGCCACAACGACCUGUGCCCGUGCCUCCGACUCAAGGCCACGGACUACAUAUUUCCCCGCCAAGAUUACACGCUAGCCAAACGAAUCCAGAAGGAUCCAGAACGAAUCAAGGCAUCUGUGCACCCGUGGCGAACCGGGGAUGACAUCGCGGACGUUCUUCUCAACAAGUGAACUCUGGUUUUACCAUUAGGAUCUUUAUACUCCAUUUUAAUGUCAAGGCGAAGCGGCUGUGUUUUGUUUUUUCCCACGCUCGCCUAGCUAAUGUCAUCUGCAACACUGCCCUUAGUUGCCGUAUCAUGUAGUAGAAGAACCUGGUAUCUAAAAAUGGUGUCGUCCAUUUAUUGAAAGGUAAAGAAAUGCACAUAUAAAAGGAUAUCCCUCGUCUGUCUGUAAUCAUGGACAUAUUUUGAAAGCGAUAACUGAACAGACAGUUUCUAGUUUCUUUGCUCUUCCUCUCUUUCAUUAUGUCUUGAAAUGUGAUGGAAUUAUAUGUCUCUUGUGCACUAAAGGAUGAUAUAACUCAACUACACCUUACGUUUUUGUGUAUUUGCAAUCUUCGCUCCAAGGGUAAUGUUGCAGAUGAGACUUUGUACGACGUUUAACCUUGUGCUGAGUUUUACCUAAUGUGAGGGUGUAGAUAGCAGUUAUACCUAAGAAAAUACACAAGCAGAGCAUGUGACAUGACCCUGCAGAGACAUAAUUAAAAAUGGUAUAUGUUUUGGAUAAAGCACUUCUUGUUGAGGGUACAUGUCAAAAGAUAAAUGUUUCUUUGCCAUGGUACAGAGAAGCCUGUUGUCAUUACUGCUGUGAAUAAGAGAGCAUUUCAGCUGAGAGACUCAAAUUGACAUAAGAGAUUCAAAGCUUGUCAACAGGACUUAUUCAUUCCAACACCCUCCCAGGUUAGUUAUCACUUUUGAGGUCAAACAUCAUGGGCAUUGUGAAAAAGAAAAAAAGUUUAAACCAAAGUGUGCUGUCUCAGGGUUUUUUAAAGGCCUUGGUCAGAAUGACCAUUUUCAAGUACUGUGAGAGAUUGUGCUGUGUGCCAAGUGUAUGGGAAUUUUUGUAUCAGAGGAGUUAAAAUCCUUUCAAAUUUUACCUUCCUUUUGGUGGUAUAUGGUGGCUUUUGCUUUCAUUAUUGAAAAGGAAUAGACGGAACAUAUAGUGUUCUGCUCAAGAAACUCUAGCCACCUCUCUGUAGAAGAUUUAUUCAAAUAUAUGCUGAUCCUUUUUUAAUGUAGUUUGAUGUCUCGUGUGGGCAUUUAUUGGACUGAAAAUGAGUCCCUGCACAGUGGUUACCUUAUCUGGUUUUGGACAGGAGUCAGAAUGUAUUUGAGGGAGCCACUAUAGUAGUAUUUCCAUUUUUCCUUUCCACUCCAUUUCCAGAAGCUGGUAGGGUCCUGGUAUUAAACUAUCAUAAACAAUUCCAACUCUUGCUGGCAAAUCUUUGUUUUGUAUUUUAAUGUUUUUGUCCACUGCUAGGCAAUCUUAUAGGGUUAUUCCAAAUUUGAAGUACAAAAGGAUUGAGCUUAUUCAUAAAAUUUGUGCUUCUGGUUUCGUUUACAUGUACAUGAAUGCGCUUAUCGAGCGUGAUUUAUUUGAGUUGCGCAUGACGUUAAUAUCUCGAUUAUUUAUUUUUGUACACAAAGCGCGUGUUGUUAUUAAAGGGAUGUCAUGUGAUAA